GUAAUUACAACAAGAAUGAGCACAGCAGCUGAUCUCACUGAUUUUUUUCUUUUCUUUGCACAUCAUUCACUGCGUGAUGGUAAAAGGGAAAAAUUUGUUGAAUGGAGAAUGCACAAAAAGAAAACUAUGGUUAUUGGAUUUAGCAGGAAGCGAACGGGUUGCAAAAAUAGAAGUGCAAGGAGAACGGCUCAAGGAGACUUAAAACAUUAA